AUGGCAAUGAAUCAAGACGUUGUCAACACAUCCAACAGCAGCACCACCACCAACCCGAACCCUAACCCUAACCCUAACCCUAACCCGAGCCCCAACAACGAGGCCAGCGACAUCGAGAUCUCCCAGCCCUCGGGGAUCCGCUGCCGCCCCCGCGGCCGUUUCCCGGGCUCCAAAACCAAGCCCCGCGCUCCCUUCCCCGUCCCCGUCCCCACCGCUCCUCACCACACCCACUUCAACCAAAUCACCGCCGGCACCGACAUCUGCCAAACCCUCGCCGACUUCGCCCGCCACCACCAACUCUGCGUCUCCGUCGUCAACGCCACCGGCCGAGUCAGCAACGUCACGCACCGCCAGCCCAACGGCGUGUUCACCGUCACCGGGACAUGCGAGAUCAUCUCCCUCUCCGGAGCCUUUCUGUCGGCGGCCCGGUCGUCGGCACUUUGA